CUACGAGGGGUUAGGUGUGCGUAGUUUCUUCACCAUACUUCCUACACAUGCAUACUUAACUGCAUCUUACUAAUCUAAUUAUCCUUCUUCAUUUACCUUCUAAUCCUACAACUAACUAACUAACAAAGAUUACGUUAGCACUUCUCGUUUCUCUCCCCAUCCAUCAUAAUGAUACUUGAAUAAUUGAAUCCACUUAGUUAGCUGCCUUUGAGCUUCGGCGCUUGUCUAUGUACUUAACCAUCAUCGGACAGAUAGAGUGUUAGUAGCUAGCCUCUUCUGGCUAGUGUAAUCUCAUCUUAGAUUUAGAUCUAACAAAGUUAGGUAAUCAACGUUGAUUAGAUAGUUAGGUUAAGGAAUUUGUAACCACAAGUUGUAACAUCUGAAUUCUUGUUUAUAAUUUAGAAGAAAAUAAAAAUCUGCUUAGUUUUAAUUUGAUGGGUUUAAAUCUUAUAAUCUAAUAUGGCCCACUUAAACUCUUAAUGGGCCACAUCAACGAGCAAAUCAUUGGGCUUCAAAAACCAAUUACCAUAAGCUCAAGGCCCAUAACAACAUCAUUGAGAAAUGAGACGGAGGUUGGAUGUCGCCGACGAGUGCGUGACGACGGGAUGCAAACCGGCAACUGCUUCCGCUGCCGUCGAACCGGCCACUGGAUCAGCGACUGCCCUCUCAAAUCCAACGCCGACGACGAUCCUCCUCCACCGUCGAUCCACUGCCCUUGCGGCGGAGGUCUCUGCGAAACCAAGCUCUCGAACACUCACGAGAAUCCCGGAAGAAGAUUCUACAAAUGCCCUGCUGCUCAGAAGUGCACUUUCUUCAAGUGGUGUGACAAAGCAACCGACGAAGAUAUCAGAUUCCGCCCCGCCUUCACCAUCCCCGAUUGCCCCUGCGGCUCUGGACCUUGCCGGAGAGUCGUGGCUGAUUCUGGACGAGCUUACUUGCAAUGUGGCGUCAAAAAGGGUUUUGGGGCUUGUGGAUUCUUCAAAUGGGUGGAUGAUGUUGAGGUGAGGUGUGAUGCAGCUGAUGAGAUUGGUUUCUGGGAGGAAGCUGAUCUUGUUUUGAGCGAUGUGGAGAGCAGCUUCCUGGCUGCUGCUGCUGGUGUACCGGAGAAUACAGAGGAUAACUCUUCUGUUUCUGAUGUACAUUCUGCUCCUGCUGCUGUGAACCAAGGUAUCCUUAUGUCUGAUCCGGUUGUGAUUGAGCAACUACAUGGUGAUUGUGCUCUUUCCAAGCGUAGUGUGGAGGAAGAAGCAACGAGUGGUUUGGGAAGAGAUACGGUCUCUAAUGGUUCCGUUGCGAAACGUGAGAUGAUAUGCUAUGAGCAACCUGUUGAAGAAGCUGAGUGGUCAUUCCCCGAUUUGGAUGACCUAAUGGAGCAGUACAACUCAGAGAAGCUUCAGCUGGAGAGUGUUUCAGCGAAACAUGCACAAGUGUUGAGUGAGUUUAUGAGUUCAUACAGUCGGUUAAGGUUACUUCAUGAGAAAACUGGUAAUCUGAGGAAACUGUUGCUUGAGACGGAGAAGGAGAUGGCUUGUUGUGAGGCCGAGGCAUUGGAGCUUGGAGCGAGUUGCCGGGAAGUGGCUGGAGAGAUGGCUGAGGCUCAGAAUAGGAUGCAGGUGAUGGCAGCGAUACUAGGAGAUGAAGUGGAAUUGUUGAAGCAGAAAGAGUUUGUUGGUAGGAAGAGAAGAAGAUGUUAAGGUUGCAUGCGAGUGUCAUUGUAAGUGUUGGAAUGUAACUAUUACUGGUUACACUUUAUUUUAGCCAAGUAAUUAAUAAAUUCAUCUAACUCCUUAAUUCA